UCCAUAUACAUACGGACUUAAAGUACACAUAUCGUUACUCUAAGUCUGUGUAGAGUAGCUCGCGAAAAUGCAAGCGCUAGCCGCAAUCCGUCAGCCGCUGUUUCCGGCGAGCCAUCGCAUAUCUCCGCCCCAAACCGCCACUAUUUCCAGCUGGAGAAGUUCGAGUUCUGCUCUUUCGCUUCGUGCAUGUACACUCCAAGUCCAAUGCUGCUCAUUUCAAUCUCCACCUCUAGCUACGGAUGAGGCGAAUUUUAUUGAAGCUUCUAGAAAUGGAAACUUAAUUCCAUUGCACAAGUGCUUUUUCUCUGAUCACUUGACUCCUAUACUUGCCUACCGCUGUUUGGUCGAAGAAGACGAUCAUGAAACUCCAAGCUUCCUCUUCGAGUCAGUUGAGCCUGGUUUUCGUGGUUCCACUGUUGGGCGGUAUAGCGUGGUGGGUGCUCAACCGACAUUGGAGAUUGUUGCGAAAGAGAAUAAGGUGACAAUAUUGGAUCACGUUGCCGGGGAUUUGACGGAUAAGGUUGUGGAGGAUCCGGUGACAGUUGCAAGGAGUAUUUCUCAAGGAUGGAAGCCCAAACUUAUCGCUGACCUCCCUGAUGCUUUUUGCGGUGGAUGGGUUGGUUACUUUUCAUACGACACAGUUAGGUAUGUAGAGAAGAAGAAGUUGCCAUUUGCAAGUGCACCACCGGAUGACAGAAACCUUGCUGACAUUCACCUAGGACUCUAUGAUGAAGUGAUUGUUUUCGACCAUGUGGAAAAGAAAGUUUUUAUUAUUCAUUGGGUGCGGCUGGAUCAGAACUCAUCCAUUGUGAAGGCUUAUCAUGAGGGAAUGAAACGAUUAGAAGCACUAGUAUCAAAAGUACAAGACAUCAAUUCUCCAAGGCUGCCUCGAGGUUCUGUGGAUUUCCAAACUCAUUACUUUGGACCUUCACUAACCAAGUGUAACAUGUCAAGUGGGGAGUACAAGAAUGCUGUAUUACAGGCAAAAAAGCACAUUCUUGUAGGGGACAUUUUCCAAAUUGUUCUAAGUCAACGUUUUGAAAGAAGAACCUUAGCUGAUCCAUUUGAGGUUUAUAGGGCUUUGAGAGUUGUGAAUCCAAGCCCAUAUACAGCCUACCUGCAAGCUAGAGGAUGCAUUUUGGUAGCUUCAAGCCCCGAAAUUCUUACCGGUGUAAAGAAGAAAAUAGUUGUUAAUCGUCCAUUAGCUGGAACAACUAGAAGAGGCAAGACACCUGAUGAGGACUUGAUGUUAGAAUCACAGCUUCUAAGAGAUGAAAAAGAAUGCGCAGAGCACAUCAUGUUGGUUGAUCUAGCAAGAAAUGAUGUUGGAAAGGUGUCAGAACCUGGUUCUGUGAAUGCUGAAAAACUUAUGACAGUUGAACGAUACUCUCAUGUAAUGCACAUUAGCUCCACGGUUACUGGGAAGCUGCUUGAUCAUUUAACUUGCUGGGAUGCUCUACGUGCUGCAUUGCCUGUUGGAACAGUUAGUGGUGCACCAAAGGUGAAAGCCAUGGAGUUGAUAGAUCAACUGGAACCGACAAGAAGGGGACCUUAUAGUGGAGGAUUUGGAGUCAUUUCGUUUCUAGGAGACAUGGACAUUGCUCUUGCUCUCAGAACCAUUGUAUUUCUCAGUAACAACACAACGUAUUCCUACGAUGAUACUAAGAAACGCCGCGGAGAAUGGAUUGCUCAUCUUCAAUCUGGAGCCGGGAUUGUGGCUGAUAGUGAUCCCGAAAGCGAGCAGGUUGAAUGUGAAAAUAAGGUUGCCGGUCUAGUUCGUGCAAUUGACUUGGCGGAGUCGGCUUUUAUAAAGGAUAGACAUCAACUAUCAUCUCGGCCUAAUGGUUCUUUCUCUAAGCAAUUAUUCAACACAUAAUUCAAAAUUUGAGAACUAUGGUGUUAUGUGUAGAUGCAAGUAUACAACCCCAACAAAUAGGAAUCAUCACGUUAACCACAAGGUUCCAGAUUCGAUUAUAGUGAUGACGGUUUAUUAGUCUUCACAAUUUAAGUGGAUCAACUAUGGACAAUUUAAACUGAUUCACAUCCUUGUGGUCUUUUAUCAGGAUCACAAGACAGACUUCAGCCGGACUGCACAUUUGAGUAGCAAUUGUAAAUUCCUUUUGUAAAUUGAAAGAUAUUCUCUGUAAAUUAAAAUGUUACUUAUUUUUAAUUAGCAAAUAGUUAUCACGUUUGUGUCAAGAUCAUACAAUUUCUAGA